GCUCGGCCUGAGGUGUCGCGGCCCGCGUCGCCUCCCACGGCCCUUCCAGCGGCGUCCGUGCGCCCCGGCGUCAUCCCGCGAGUGUCUCUGACGGGAGGGAAGAUGGCUGCACGGAGCUGGCAGGACGAGCUGGCCCAGCAGGCCGAGGAGGGCUCGGCCCGGCUGCGGGAGUUGCUCUCGGUCGGCCUAGGUUUUCUGCGCACCGAGCUGGGCCUCGACCUGGGGCUGGAGCCGAAGCGGUACCCGGGCUGGGUGAUCCUGGUGGGCACCGGCGCGCUCGGGCUGCUGCUGCUCUUCCUGCUGGGCUACGGCUGGGCCGCGGCUUGCGCCGGCGCCCGCAAGAAGCGGAGGAGCCCGCCCCGCAAGCGGGAGGAGGCGGCCGCGUCGGCCCCGGCCCCCGAAGACCCAGCCCAGCUGAAGACUCUCCGAAGCGACGAGCAAAAGAAGAAGAACCGGAAGAAGCUGCCAGAAAAGCCCAAACCAAAUGGACGUACUGUUGAAGUAGCUGAGGAUGAAGUUGUUAGAACUCCCCGAAGUAUAACAGCAAAGCAGCCACCAGAGACAGACAAGAAAAAUGAAAAGUCAAAGAAAAAUAAGAAGAAAUCAAAGUCAGAUGCUAAAGCAGUGCAAAACAGUUCCCGCCAUGAUGGAAAGGAAGUUGAUGAAGGAGCCUGGGAAACUAAAAUUAGUCACAGAGAGAAACGACAACAGCGUAAACGUGAUAAAGUGCUGACUGAUUCUGGUUCAUUGGAUUCAACUAUCCCUGGGAUAGAAAAUACCAUCACAGUUACCACCGAGCAACUUACAACUGCAUCAUUUCCUGUUGGUUCCAAGAAGAAUAAAGGUGAUUCUCAUCUAAAUGUUCAAGUUAGCAACUUUAAGUCUGGAAAAGGAGAUUCUGCACUUCAGGUUUCUUCAGGAUUAAAUGAAAACCUUACUGUCAAUGGAGGAGGCUGGAAUGAAAAGUCUGUAAAACUCUCCUCACAGAUGAGUGCAGGUGAGGAGAAGUGGAACUCUGUUCCACCUGCUUCUGCAGGCAAGAGGAAAACAGAGCCAUCUGCUUGGACUCAAGACACUGCUGAUGCUAAUGCCAAUGGGAAAGACUGGGGAAGGAACUGGAGUGAUCGUUCAAUAUUUUCUGGCAUUGCUGCUUGGUCUAGUGUGGCUAGGGGGAUGAGUGCCUCUCAACAGAACUCUGCUUCUUUUGCAUCUCUCACACUUAACUCUGCUGUCUCUGGGUCUACUGCUGAGCCAGUUUCUCAGUCUACCACUUCUGAUUAUCAGUGGGAUGUUAGCCGUAAUCAACCCUAUAUCGAUGAUGAAUGGUCUGGGUUAAAUGGUCUGUCUUCUGCUGAUCCCAGCUCAGACUGGAAUGCACCAGCAGAGGAGUGGGGGAACUGGGUAGAUGAAGAAAGAGCUUCCCUUCUGAAGUCCCAGGAACCAGUCCUCAAUGAUCAAAGGAUUUCAGAUGAUGAUAAAGAAAAAGGAGAGGGAGCUCUUCCAACUGGAAAAUCUAAAAAGAAAAAAAAGAAAAAGAAGAAGCAAGGUGAAGAUAACUCUCUCACACAGGACACAGAAGAACUAGAAAAAGACAUUAGAGAAGAGCCUCCCCUGAAUACCUCCAAAGCCCGUCCAAAACAGGAGAGAGCUUUUCCCCUGAAGACCAUGAGCACUAGUGAUCCAGCUGAAGUACUCAUCAAAAAUAGCCAGCCUAUCAAGACUCUUCCACCUGCUAACUCUACCGAGCCAUCUGUUACCUUAUCAAAAGGUGACUCUGACAAGAGCUCUUCCCAAGUGCCACCAAUGUUACAAGACACAGACAAACCCAAGUCAAAUGCUAAGCAAAAUAGUGUGCCUCCCUCGCAGACCAAGUCUGAAACUAACUGGGAAUCUCCAAAACAAAUAAAAAAGAAGAAAAAAGCCAGACGGGAAACGUGAAUUUUUUUUUUUUUUCUGAAUUGGACAUGUGUUUACAAACACUGUCUUGAAGAUUAUGCUGUUUAUGCAAUAAUUUGUGAACAUGUACAGAAUUUUAUAUAAAUUUAAACCAAUUUUUAAAACAAAACUGAACACAACCACCAUAAAAUGGAAUCAAAGGAACAUUAAUUUAUGAGAUUAAGAGGUCAACAGAAUACAUACUACAGUGCUGGAAGACACUUGGGAGAGUCUUUUCAAUUGAACGAGAAUGAUCUUCAUUGAAGAAUAUUAUCCUGGUUUUACAACAGUUCCCUGUUUACAACAGAUUGUGCCCUGUCUCAUCUGAGCUGAGGAAUAGUGGGUUCUGAUUAGAAAGAAGGCCGCCUAGAAAUCAGUAGGCAGCUCCUUGGAUCUUAUGCACGAACUUAGACCAUUUGAAUCUGUUUUAUGCUUAAAUCAAAGUGCUUUGAUCAAAUGUGUAAUCUGCCAUAUCUUUACAUAUUUGUUGUAGCAGUUUAUAUUAAAAGAAUCACAAGUGCAAAUAAAAAGUCAUUUAUCAUUUGUUUAACUAAA